AUAUACACAGAAAGUUGAACUAUAUGCCCGCCAUCGUGGUAUCACAGCCUCGUGCCCGCCGUCGUCGCCCCAUGAAAACUCUCAGCCUCACCCAUUCCUAUCGAACCCCAAAUUCCACACGCAACGUGCGGCCCUCAACAACGUCGCAUUCACGUCCAGCGGCGCCGCUCAUAAUCCUAGGCCUAGAUUGAAUAAACGUAGCAGCCGCGACUACCAAAUAUAUUUAACCCCAAGCAUAAACGACAGCCGUCAAUGGCUUGAACCACAAAUACCAUCCACAGUCACCGACAUCACCACGACAAUGGCGCCCUCAGCGAUAUCUCCCCAUGCCCCAGAGGUAUCGACGGGACGACCAGAAGCUGGACCUGCAAAGAUAUAUCCCGUCAAGGAAGCAUAUUUUGAAGGCUACCAGGCGCCACAGCCUGACGGAUACAAGAAAGCACAGCAGAUUGGCAGCGACAACGUCGCGAUCGUUAUUGACAAUGGCUCAUCAGCAGUCCGCGCAGGAUGGUCAUUCGAGGAUAACCCCAGAUUCUCAAUCCCACCCGUGAUGGCAAAGUAUCGAGACCGCAAGCUAGGCAAGACUUUCGCCUUCGCCGGCUCCGACGUCUACGCCGACACCACCGCACGCGGGCACAUGCGUAACGCCUUCGAAGCCGGCAGCGGCGUCAUCUGCAACUGGGACGUGAUGGAGUACGUCCUCGACUACCUCUUCCUCAAGCUCGGCAUCGACGGCCAAAACGGCGCAAUCGACAUGCCCAUCGUCAUGACCGAGACCCUCGCCAACCUGCCGUACUCGCGCAAAUCCAUGAACGAGAUCCUCUUCGAGUGCUACGGCGCCCCCUCCGUCGCCUACGGCGUCGACGCCCUCUUCUCGUACGCUCACAACGGCGGAAAGACGGGACUCGUCGUCUCCUCCUCCCACAGCUCCACGCACCUGAUCCCUGUGGUCGACUCGCGCGCUCUGCCCGCCCAGGCCACGCGUCUGAACUGGGGCGGGUCUCAGAGCGCAGAGUACCUCCUCAAGCUGAUCCGGCUGAAGUACCCGGGGUUCACGGGGAGGCUAAACGCUUCGCAGGCUGAGCACAUGGUCCGUGACCACUGCUUCGUCGCGCAGGACUAUGUGAAGGAAGUCGGCGAGGUGCUCGAUUGGACGGGCCUCGAGGACCGCGACGUUGUCAUCCAGUACCCCUACACCGAAGAGAUCAUCAUCCAGAAAUCCCAAGAGGAGCUCGCGCGCGCCGCCGAAAAGCGGAAAGAAUCCGGCCGCCGCCUGCAGGAGCAGGCCGCCAAAAUGCGUCUCGAGAAACUGGUCCGUAAAGAGCAGGAACUCGACUACUACCGGUCCCUCCAGACGCGCCUGGCGACCGAGAACAAGAAGGAGAGUAAACGCCUCCUCGACGCCGAGGACCUGAAGGACGAAAAUGCUCUCGCGAAAACAAUCAAGGAGCUCGACCUCUCGAUCCGCAAGUCGCGCCAAAAAGACGUCGGUGGCCCAGAGAUAGAAGAUGACGCCGAACCCCCGAAUUACGACCUCCUCGAUAUCCCCGACGAGGACCUCGACGACGCAGGCAUAAAACAGAAACGCCACCUGCGCCUCAUGAAAUCCAACCACGAAGCCCGCGCCCGCGCCAAGGCUGAAAAAGCCGUUGAAGCCGCUCGCGUAGCUGAGAUCGCGCGGCUCGACCACGAGCGCCGCGAGGGUGAUUUGGAGGGGUGGUUAGAGGAGCGGCGCGCCGCACGCGCUGCGCUCGUCAAGAAACUCAAGGAGCGCGAACGCCUCAAGGCUGAUCUAGGGAACCGUAAAUCCCUCGCUAGUCAAAUCCGGAUGAAAUCCAUCGCCGCCCUCGCCUCCGACACCCCCGCCAAAAAGCGCCGCAGAGGCGGCGACGACGAUACGUUCGGCGCCGACGACGACGAUUGGGGAAUCUACCGCCAAGUCGCCAAUGAGGGGGAUAACUCCGAGGACGAGGAAGAGGACCUAGGCUCUAGUCUCAAGGCCCUCGAGGCGGAGUUGCUCGAACACGAUCCCGAUUUCACAGAACUGCACACACACGAUGCGCAGAGCGACUGGUCGACUUCCCUCAUCCACGCAUUUCUCCGCGGGCCUCGCGCCUUUGACGCCGGUUCGGCGAAGGAAGCGCACCAGCUCCACCUCAACGUCGAGAGGCUCCGCGUCCCGGAGGUAGUAUUCCAGCCCUCGAUCGCGGGGCUGGACCAAGCGGGGAUUGUGGAGAUCGCGGCGGAUAUCCUGAUGCAGCGGCUUGGUGGGCAGGUGGAUAUGAGGGAUGUAUUCCUGACGGGGGGCGCAACGCUGUUUCAGGGGUUUGAGGAGAGGUUGGCGAGGGAACUGAGGGGGGUACUGCCGGUGGAGAGGCAGGUGCGGGUGAGGAGGGCGGGGGAUGCGGUGGGGGAUGCGUGGAGGGGGGCUGGGGGGUGGGUUAGGAAGGAGGGGGGCGCGGAGUGGAAGAGGGGGAGGGUUACGAGGGGGGAGUGGUUGGAGAAGGGGGGGGAUUAUAUUAAGGUUUGUCUUUUUUCACUUUUUUUUUUUGGUCCAGUUUCUCGGAUUGGACGUGUUUGGAAGGGUGUUGGCUAACUAUUGGUGAUAGGAACACAAUUUGGGGAAUGCGUACUCGUACUCGGCUGUUUGAGGAAAAGGGGCGGGUGAAAAAGGGGGGACGGGACGGUUUGAUUAUUUAGCGUUUUGAUCGAAGGUGAGGGCGCGUUACGGGAAUUGAUGGAACGGGAACAAAAAAAAAUAGAUGAGGCAUAGUUAGCUGCUAUGCUAUGACUUCUUUGGCUACUUAUCUCCUGGUACGUCUUCGCUGAUUUGACUUUCCAAAACAUGGUAUCUAUUCGCUGAAAGUUUGGUUAUCUUCAUUGUUUAAAAGUGAUGGACACUCCUCUCCCCUUCCCUCAUACGCUCGGCCACGGCACUCACAGGAGAAGAAAUUGUGAUUAGGGGUUCCGCCCCGUCUGACGGCUCCAUGUUUCACAACUUCAGUAUGCCAUGGUGGUCUUGAGACCCCAUCAUCUCUGGCGAGUAGGUGGCGGCAGUGGGGGUCACGACGACGACAGAACAGCGUGACAAGAGCGAGGUUCUCGACAAAAAAACCUCAGCGGUGAGAGGAAGACGGCGGGGGGUCUCGCACGACCUUCUGGACGUGUUAGUCUCGGGGGCAGUGUAAGUUAAGCGCUCGCGCUCAUUCGCUCCUAUUGAAAGUCUGCGCUACGCACCGCAGGGCAUUUGGUAGGGUCCGGUAUGUAUUGGCGAUUGCUACUGUGAUAUUCUUACUUGGCUGAGGGGUGCAUGUUCUCCUGGCUCUUCGGAAGGAUGGGGGUGAUUAUGAAAGAUUUCACUAGACUCGCAGUAAAGCGAGAGUCUAAUUUUCCUUUCUCACUAUCAUUAUCUCCAGCAGGCUUCGAAGGCAAGUUUAGAACUCAAGCCUCGUCUAACCCUCCCUAUCUCAUACGCUCACCCACCGCUCUCACACGAGAAUAAAUAGCAACCGCACAUCCCAUAAACAAGUACCCU